GCGGCAACGUCGACGAUGCUGAUCUCGCUAUCCGUAGCCGUUUUGGCUCCCGCGGCAGCCGUUCUGGCUCGAGGGGCCCCGCGGGCGGCGCGGCAGGGGUGCCGGCGCCGCAUCGCCGCCCUCGGCACGGCUGGCGCGCCCGCGCCACCGUCUCCACGGCAUGGCAGACGGGGUGGGCAGCCCCCACCCCGAGGAGGAGCUCGAGGUCUACCGCUCCCUGGCCAGCGAGGAGCUGCAGGUGGAGGUGCUCUCUGCGCCAGUCGCACGCAAGCGGCCCUGCGAGGGCGGCGGUGAGCCCGCGGAGAAGGUGCCCGCCACGGGCGACGCGCCGGGCGCCAAGUGCGAGGAGCAGCAGAGCGACGACGAGGGCGACGACGUCACCUUCGUGCUGGCCGACCCGGGGCCCCGGGGCGGGCUCAUGGGCUAUUACCUCGGCAAGAGGUGGGAGGGCAGGGGAGCCGUGCAGGGCGGGGACCUCGCUCCCGAGCUCGAUGGCGGGGCGGGCGCUGGGGCGCCCGCGUGCUCGCCAGCCGGGGCAUGCAGCCUGGUGCGCGUGGGUAGCCGCGCGGACACGGUCGUGGUGGCGGAGGGGACCGAGGCCAUCCUCUCGAAGAUACGGUUCGUGAUGGACACCGCGGAGAUGGGCGACACGCCCUGGAGAAUGCCGGGGGCCAACCUGGCGGACCACUUCAACUUCGGCCUCAGCGAGGCGAGCCUGAAGGAUUACGUCCUCAAGCAGAUCCGCAUGAGGCUCGACGCGCGCGAGCGGCAGAAGAUCGCCAUUGUAGAGGGCGGCCUUGACGCACGCGGCGUCUGAGAGAACGAAAGCGAGAA